UUUCCUUCUUCAGAACAACCAUCAAUCCAAUCACCCAUUUCUCGGCAUCCAAUCAUCUCUCCAUGCCAGAUUAGAGUUCUCUGUGGCGUUGAUCAUGACGAUUUGAAGCAGCUUUUUCACGUAUCGAAGACAAUCAGAGAAGCAACUCUGAUUGCUAAACAAUGGCAUUUCGCAUAUAGCACGCCGGCGAAGACUUCGGCGUUUCGGAACUCGAUCGAUUUGGAGGACACUGGCGACAUUGAGGCCCCGAAUGCUCCGAAACAGUUCCGAAAAUAGCAUAUGUCAAUUGAGUCUUGACAAAUAAGGCAAUUACAUAAAAGUUAGUGGUUACAUAUUCAUUGGCAUUUUAAAGGGGAAAUUGGAUGGAUGUGAAGAAAAUGAAAAUAGCAUUCGUUGGCAUUAUUGAGAAUCUACUCAUUUGGUUGGACCAGGUGGCAAAUGAAGGCUCUAGUUCGACAUUUUUCUAGCUAGAAUUUCGACAGAAUAUAUAGUGAGUUUGUUGGUGAGGAUUAGGUCAUGUUAAUAAUGGAAAGAGGAUGAAAGUGUACCCUUUCUUUUAUUAUAGUAGCUUAUUAAGUUUUAGAUUAACGUCACAUUACUUUAAAAUAGACUAUUGUGUAAGGCCAAAUGUAUAAAUUCAUCCCUCAAUUUUUA